UAUUCAAAAUUUAUCCAAAUCCCAUCAUUAUUUUCCCAUCUCUCUCUCUAUAUCUAUAUAUAUUAAAGCAUUAGAUGAAUAGAGGUGUAUAAAGUUUUCUUUGUGCAGAAAGAUCGAUCGAUGGGCAAAGCAUAUCUAUGUUUGUGUGUUCUAAUCACAGCCUUUGCACUUAGCUGUGAAGCUGCAGAGAAGAUUGGUAUUUAUGAAUUGCAGAGAGGUGAUUUCUCAGUUAAAAUCACUAAUUAUGGAGCCACUGUCCUUUCCGUUGUACUCCCCGACAGAAAUGGCAAACUAGAUGAUGUUGUUCUUGGUUAUGGAUCCAUUGAUGAAUACAAGAAUGAUACAACCUACUUUGGUGCGAUUGUGGGGCGAGUUGCUAAUAGAAUUGGAGGGGCUAAAUUCACUCUGAAUGGCAAACUCUACAACCUCCCUGCUAAUGAUCAUGGAAACACUCUUCAUGGUGGGACAAUAGGAUUCAGCGAUGUCGUAUGGACUGUCGAAAGCUACGUCAAAAACAGCCACCUAACACUCACGUACCACAGCCAUGACGGCGAACAAGGAUUCCCUGGCGACCUAUCCGUGAUGGUGACCUACAUGUUGAUUGACACAAACAAGCUAGGUAUAAAAAUGCAAGCAAAGUCCCUAAACAAGCCCACCCCUGUGAACCUAGCAUCCCACACAUACUGGAAUCUUGGUGGCCAUACAAGUGGAGACAUUCUUUCACACACUAUCCGGCUCCAGGCCUCGAGAAUCACGCCCGUGGACGACAAACUCAUCCCGACGGGGGAGAUUUCACCGGUCAAAGGGACACCCUAUGACUUCCUUGAACGUCGUAAAAUAGGCAGCAAGUUCACUGAACUGCCCGACGGGUACGACAUUAACUAUGUCCUGGACCGGACAGGGGACGGUAAGCAUUUUAUGAAGGUAGCGACCGUGCACGAAGAGAAAUCGGGGCGGAAGAUGGAGCUGUGGACUAAUCAGCCUGGAGUUCAGUUCUACACUAGCAACAUGCUGCCUGAUACUGUGGGGAAAGGAGGGUUUGUUUACAAGAAACAUGCUGCUUUUUGCUUGGAGACUCAAGGAUUUCCUGAUUCGGUUAACCAUCCGAAUUUCCCUUCACAGAUUCUGCUGCCCGGGGUGGAGUAUAGGCAUGUUAUGGUUUAUAGGUUUACUGCUAGCUAAUUGUAAGAUUAGUGCAUUCUUGUAUCUUUAAUUACCUUGGUUUCUCAGAGUUGGGUUUGUUAGGUUGUCAUGAUAAUUAAUAUUUGAAAUAAAUAUACCAUGUGGGAUUCAACUUUGA